UCUCCAUCUUUCCCAAGGACUCAAGAAGGCCUUCAGAACAUUGCCAUACAAACAUCUCCUAGUCUCAGGAAGCACUGCCCCGUUUUUAAGAAGAAAAAGCUGACAAUAAGCAAAUCUUUAACAGAAAUGACAACCGAAUCUGAAAAUUCCAUGCCAGUAAAUGGCGAUAUUUCUGAACAAGAUAUAAUGCUUUCAGACAUCUCUUACCUAAGAAUAAGUAAUCAUGUGGAAGAUGGAUUUCAAAAGAGUGAGGUGGACAGUCAGUUACAUCAAACACCAACAACAAAAUUGCAAUGCAACGGACCUAUCCACUCAGACUCUGAUGAUUUCUCAGUACCAGAGAAGCCAACCGCUUCUAUAAAGGUGCCGGAAUACAUACACCUGAGCUUCCCACAGGACAGCAAUGCUUCCACGGACACACUAGACAUCACCAUGGAUUUAAGUAAUUCACUGCAUUCUUCUACUGCCAUAAAUCAAUCCAAGGACAACAGCACACUGCCAUCUAAAUCUGAAGAACCACAUCCUUGCUUAAGCAAUUCCAGUUAUUGCAGUGAAUGCAGUUCACAUCCUGACUCCUGCAAAGCAGACUGUGAGUUACCCGAGGCCAGCAAAGACACAAGCAGCAAGGAAGCUACUCCUCUGCUGCCUCCAUCGAACCACAGUUCAUCCCCUUGUUUCCCCAGAGACUCUCGGCAGUCUGGAGAGCACCAAGCAGAUGCCAACUGCAUGACACUAACAAAAGACGACCAUGCAGUAACGUCACUGACCAGCAGCAAUGCAUCAAAAUCCAUUCCUUCGUUUCACACCGAGACGGAGAAAAAUUCCACCCAGCCAGAUGUUUCAGACUGUAACAACUGCAUAGAAGGAUUUCAUAUAACGUCUUAUCUGCCAAGGAAUGAAGUAAAACCUCAAACCAGCAGAGAGAUUAGAGAAAUUAAUCAAAUUCAUUUGGCGCAUGGCGAACUAUGUGCCCUCCAAGGCAGGCUGCAGUCUGUAGAGGAAUCCUUGCAGUCCAACCAGGAGAAGAUUAAAGUCCUUUUGAAUGUAAUUCAAGAUCUGGAAAAAGCCAGAGCUCUGAGUGAAGGGUAUGGUGCAUUUUAA